CGUUUUAUUUCAGUGUACCUUAGAAUCAAUGUUAUUUAAAAAUGGAUAAGUAUCGAAUUGUAGAAUUUUCUCCAUUUUAGUCGUUCAAAACAUGUAAUGUAAUAUUGUGUGAAACUAACUUGAAACGGUCCGUUAUUAUAUUAAAAAAGUUUGUAAAAGUUAGUAUAUUAGAAUGGUUAACGUAAUUGAAGGUGAGUACGUGCUAUAAAAACUCUUUAAUUUUCUUAGGUAUCUACUUAUAGCAGUGUUAAAUUCCUAGAUAUUAUCAAGAUCAGCAAAUAACAGUUUAUAAAAUAGAUAUUCAUCCAAUAGUUAAACCACUGCUGCGAACUAUGGAUAUUAUCGAAUGUGGCUGCAAAUACACUGGCUGGGAGAACAUUGAGAAACAUUUUUGGAGCAAUUCAAUCUGAUGAAAGGGGCUGUAGAAGAAGAACAAAUGAAGAAAUAAUGGUUAAUAAGAUCAAUCAUCAAUUCCCCAGAUUUACAAUUCAGCACAGAAUAUGCAGCAGAUGAGGAAAAUCAUAUAUUUUAUAAACAUUCAGAUAUUGAUUAUGAAGAACGUGGUUUGGGAUAUCAUUUUUAUAAAUACAUGCAACAACAUAGUAAUUUGGUAGCACAAUACAUUGCUGAUAAAGAACAAGAAGAUACUUACCACCAAGUUUUAGAACGUUGUAUCAGAACUGCUCUACAUCUUAGUAGUAGAAAUUUAACAAGAGAUGAUAUUAUAGUUAUUUGUUCAACCAACAAUCAAUUUACUGUCGUUCCCUUUAUAGCGAGUCUAUUUCUAAAUGUACCGGUAGCUACUUUAGAUCCAACGUUGUCAUGUUUAGAUUUUGAUUAUUUAUUAAAAGAGGUCAAGCCCAAAGUUAUUUUUAUCAUACCAGAAGUGGUUGAAAUGGUGGAAACUUCGUUACAAAAUGCAGGAAUCAUCACAGAAAUAAUACUUAUAGGAAAAUCGGAUGUGUACACAGAAUUUUCAAGUUUCUUGGAACCUCAUCCGGAUGAAGAAACAUUUGAACCAAAACUUGUAGAAAACGUAUUUGAUACAGCAGUUAUUUUAUUCAGUAGCGGCACUACUGGUCUGCCGAAAGGAAUUAUGAUUUCUCAUUACGCUUUAAUGGCCCAAGCAGCCGUUACAAUACUAUCAAAUAAUAUAAACAAGAUUUAUUUGUCUUAUGCAUCGCUCUAUUGGAUAACAAGAGUGAUGUUCUUGGUUGCUACGUACCAGAUCGGAGCGGCUAAUGUUAUGGUAUCAAAAUUUGAUCCUCAAGAAUGUUGGCUUCUACUUGAUAAGUAUAAGGUAACCAAUCUUUUUCUCCCGCCUUCUGGAGCAAUAUCUUUAAUAAAAGCUGGUCGUCCGGACAACAUUGAUACUAGCAAUUUAUUAACUUUCGUAACUGGUGGUGCUAUACUCCCGCAAGAAUAUAUCUUAGAACUUAGAGAUUUACUACCAGGUGCUUUUAUUUAUCAAGCAUACGGACAAACGGAAAUUUCUGGAGCCGGAAAUUGGUUUGACGUGAACGAUGUUAAACAAAUUUUGUAUUUGCACAAUAAACCCAAUUCUGUUGGUCUACCGAUACCUAAUGUUAUGUGUAAGGUCGUAAAUGUAGAUACCGAAAAAACAUGUGGACCCAAUGAACAAGGGGAACUCAGAUUCAAGUCGAAAAUGAUUAUGAAUGGUUUCUUUAAUCGGGACUGUUCCGAUUCUUUUGAUACAAACGGUUGGUUGAAAACAGGGGAUGUUUGUUAUUAUGACGAAGACGGAUGUUUCUACAUAGUCGAUAGAAUUAAGGAAAUGCUCAAAUACAAAUCGUGGCAUGUAGCCCCAGCUAUGUUAGAGAAGAUUUUAGUGAAUCAUCCAGCAGUGUCGCAAGUAGUUGUGAUAGGCAAACCUCAUGAUGAAGAUGGCGAUCAUCCAAUGGCAGUUAUAAUACCAAAUGAAUCUUAUUUGGAAGUUAUCGAUGAAGAUGAUGUUAUUAACUUUGUAGAAGAACGUGUACCGGAUCGAAUGAAACUCAGGGGGGGCAUUAAAAUAGUUAAUAGUUUUCCAAUGACUCCUUCGGGAAAAAUUAAAAGAGUUUUAUUAAAAAAAAUGAUACUAAAUGGGGAGAUUUGAGAAACGAACGAAAAUAUAUAAAUUUUAUAAUUGAUUUAUUAAGAAUAGAUGUAUGUAGUUUUUCAAUAGCAUAAAUGAGUAUUAUUUUUUUUAAAUUCGCAUGAUCCAGUUUCCAGAAGAAUCUUGUCUGCGGAUAUCAUAUGUAACAUACCACUGGAGCCUCGCACGCGGAACAUCCCCAUUUAGGAAAAUUUAACACACAACCAAGCUGUGCAGAGGAAAAGAAUCGUAUAUUAGCACCAUCAGAAAUCAACCAACUGUUACAAAAAAGUUUCCUAGUCCAACCCUGUCCAUCUACUAUGGAAUUUUAAUUAGGCGAAUUCGCGCAGCGCUUUUUCUUUUUUUCUAAAUGGCGGAACUGAUUUGAUGGUCAUUUGUAUAUAAUUUUUCUAGUAGUAGGCAGUUUAUGCACAGUAUUUCUUCUAAAUAAUUUCUAGGAAAAUAUAUUAAUGUAUCUUUUUUGUUCUAGAGCUUUGUAAAAUUUUAUUUAGGUAUAUAAACGCAGUGAGUUAGCUUUAAAUAAAUAGUCGUAGUGAAAAGAAUAUCUAUAAGUAAAUUAUUGUAAGUUAAGUGUAUUGUAUGUGUGUAAAUAAAUUAAGAACGUAAAA